AUGGGCAACGCAGUGGGCACGCCGCCGACCGGGCCUAACUCGCUGGCGACUUCAGGUGGCAGGCGGGGCAGCGCCACGAAGGAGCCGUCGAGUCGCCAGCACUUCACUGUCGAGCAGCUCGCCACUUUCAACGGCGGUGCAGACAGCAAGCACCCCAUGUACAUCUCGGUCAAGAGCGAGGUGUACGACGUGAGCUCCAGUCGAGAGCUGUACGGGCCGUCGGGCAAAUUCGCGGCGCUGGCGGGCAAAGACGUCACGCGGGCGCUUGCCUUGGGCAAAUGGGACGACGCGAAGGAGUUGGCGCGUCUGGACCUGAGCGACUUGACUCCAGAUCAGUUCCAGGCGCUGGACGCGUGGCUGGCCAAGUUCCAGAGCGACGAGCACAAGUACACGAACGUGGGGCGGCUCGUGGACGCCAACCUGUGGCUCACGCUCGCGGAGCUGCUGCCGUUCAACGGCGUGGACAAUCCGCGCCAGACCAUCCUGGUGGGCGUCGACGGCGUGCUGUACGACGUGACCAUGAACGGCGCCGAGUUCUACGGCCCCGACGGCAUGUACGGCCAGUUCGCCGGUCGAGACGCGUCCAAGGCGCUGGCCUGCAUGUCGUUGGAGGACGAGGCUCUGGCCAACCCGUCGAUCGCCGACAUCACGCCCGAGCAGCGCAAGACGCUCGACGACUGGAUCAAGCGCUUCGAGGGCAAGUACGCGGUCGUGGGCAAGAUCGCUGGGCGGCAGUAA